GAAAAGGCUAAACGCUCGCUCGCAUCACUUCCCCCGGCGUCGUCGGCUCUGCCCCCUCUCUCUCAUCGACUCUCCUCCCCUCUUUCCUUCCUCGGCUCCGAUCCGGCUCAGAUCCGGCUCCGAUCGGCUCCGAUCCGGCGCGCCUCGUUCUCCCGCGAUUCUUUUCCCUCGGCGCCACGCCGUCCCUCUCUUCCCCGUUCCCGACGGACGAACCGGAUGCUCGUUGACCGCCGAUCCGGUCGGAACGGUUGUUCGCCGGCGGGAGAUGGCGCGGUGCGUUCCUCGUCGUUUGAAACCCUAUCCUUCCGUUUUCUGGAGUGAAUUAGUAAUCUGUUACCCUGGUUCGGGAUGGUGCUUGAUUUCGAAGCUCUACGCUUCUAGCUUGCAUUUUUAGGGCUUUGUUUGAAAACAGGGGACUGAUGGAGUGGAAUAAUACAUUUAAAGGCAUGAAAGAGAUGGAACCAAAAACCUUGAUGGAUAUGACACUUGUUCCCAGUGUAGAACCUAUAGAAUCUGGAUUGGGUUCCUCAGACAAAGGAAAUCCCAGUCCACCGGUGAAGCCAAGGAAAAAGUCAAUGACUUCCUUGUAUCUUAAAUUUUUUGAAACUGCUCCUGAUGGAAAGAGUCGCAGAUGCAAAUUUUGUAAGCAAAGUUACUCUAUAGCUACUGCAACUGGAAAUCUUGGUAGGCAUCUCAGUCACCGCCAUCCAGGCUAUGAUCGACUGGGCGAUGCUGGUCAACAAGUCUCGCAGACUGUUGUUGCAAGCAAGAAGCCUCAACCUCAAGCUAAACCUUCAAUUGAUCUGGAUCAUCUCAACUGGUUGCUGCUUAAAUGGCUCAUUGGAGCCUCUCUUCCUCCUUCCACCUUGGAGGAUGAAGGACUUCUGAAUUCAUUUAAGUUUCUCAAUUCAUCAGUUACAAUUUGGCCGAAAGAAAAGGUCCAAGCAGUCAUUCUUGAAGUUUUCAGAAGCAUGCGGGAGGAUGUAAGGGCAUCACUAGAACAUGUGAACUCUAAGGUUUCCAUUACUCUGGAUUUUUGGACUUCCUAUGAGCAAGUAUUUUAUAUGUCAGUUAAAUGUCACUGGAUCAAUGACAACUGGUCCUUGCACAAGAUACUUCUUGAUGUUUGUCAAAUCCCUUAUCCAUGCACUGGUUCAGAAAUCUUACAUGCUCUAAUGAAGGUACUCACGACAUUUAAUAUUGAGACAAAGAUCUUAUCUUGCACAACUGACAACAAUCAGCAUGCAAUUCAAGCCUGCCAUGCACUCAAAGAGGAGCUGGAUGCUCGUAAAUUGCCCUUCUGCUAUAUCCCCUGUGCUGCUCGGACCCUAAACCAAAUAAUAGAAGAUGGCCUGAGAACUCCAAAGUCAAUACUAUCUAAGAUUCGAGAAUUUGUCCUUGAGCUGAAUAGGUAUCCAGAAAUCAUCGAGGACUUUAAGCAACUGACAGCAGUUUAUCAAGAAGGUUCAUGGAAGUUCCCACUUGAUGCUUCAACAAGCUGGAGCGGUGAUUACACAAUGCUUGACAUUGUGCGGAAGGCCCCCAAUUCCGUGGAUAGCACUAUCAAGAAGCAUGAAGAAGCUUUUGGUGGUAGAAACCUGUUGCUGAACACGACAGAGAUAUCUGUUAUUAGUAUUUUACAUUCGUACCUGGAGCCGUUCUAUAAGAUCACAACCAACCUAUGCACUUGUAAAGUACCCACGGUUGGUCUAGUACUUUUCUUCAUGGAUCAUGUCUUCGAGUUAAUCAGUUCUUGCAGGGAUAGUUGUCGUCAAGAGUGGCUUAAGACCGUUGCUGAUGACAUGGCCAAGAGAGCUAGAAGCUUUGGCACCCAAGUUUAUAACCUCUUCACCUUCAUGGCUGCAGUUCUUGAUCCUAGAAUCAAAAAGGAGCUCAUCCCUGAGAACCUCAACUCUGAGAAGAAUUUAGAGGAAGCAAGGAGCCAUUUCACCAGAUACUACUCCAGCAGCCAAUUCCCAGCCAUGGCUAAUGGUUUUGGUACCCAAGAUACUACUGAAGAAGCCAAUGUUGUUUCUUUUGCCGAGGAGAUUGCACGGAAGAGGCGCCGCGUGAGCAUGAAUACUGCUACAGAUGAGUUAUCCCAAUAUUUAUCAGAACCUCCUGCACCAAUUGCGACAGAUGUUCUAGAUUGGUGGAAGGUGAAUAGCACAAGAUAUCCACGACUUUCCACUAUGGCCCGUGAUUAUUUAGCUGUUCAGGGGACUUCAAUUGAGCCUGUAGAGUUGUUUACCAGCAAAGGCAAUGAAAUACGCAAACAACAGUUUUGUUUGCCUUACGGCAGUAUGCAAGCGGUGAUGUGCAUCAAUUCAUGGAUCCAGAGUGGCUACAAGUUCAAGUUUCGAUCGACUGAAAUUGACUUUGACAAGUUGGUAGAAUCUGGUGCUGCUGCAGCUGACAAUGUCAAGUCUUAAGCAAAACAAAAAAAAUUAGAUGAGCAGAUUAGUGUGCGAUAUUGUAAUAUUUCCAUGUAGCAUCAGGCUAAUGAUUCUGGAAUUGGCUGUAUAUUGUUUCUCUUAUGAGUUUUGCUACGGUGCUCCAAAGUUUAUUUUAGUCAUUUUAUUAUA